AUUCCACACUCACACUAAACUCACUACCCCCCUCUCUACAAUGUCAUAAUACUGCUCUGUUUGUUUUUUUAUUGACGGACCGAAUUAAAUUCGAUCAUCAAACAUAACAGAGCAGUAUUAUUUAUAUUAUCAGUGUAAUUUAACUUGUUAUAAUUUUUUUUGGCCGCCGCUAUGUCGACUGUUCAAGCAACUGCCUCGGACAUAGCGGGGCAAAUUGGGAUGAUGUGGGAAGUGUUGAAAGCACCAUUAUUAGUACCAUUGUUGAAAUCAGCAGUGUACAUUUGCAUAGUAAUGGAAUUAAUGUUAUUUGUUGAAAGAUUAUAUAUGGGAAUAGUCAUUGUUCUUGUUAAGAUUUUUAUGAAAAAACCAGAUAAAAGGUAUAAAUGGAUACCAAUGGCUGAUGAUGAUUUGGAAAUUGGAAGUGCUGAUUUUCCUAAAGUUCUUGUACAAAUUCCAAUGUUCAAUGAGAAAGAGGUGUAUAAGAUUUCCAUUGGAGCUGCGUGUAACCUUUCGUGGCCGUCCGAUCGCCUUGUGAUUCAAGUUCUUGAUGAUUCUACUGAUCCUAUUGUUAAGGAUAUGGUUGAAACUGAAUGUUUAAGAUGGGCAAGUAAAGGACUUAAUAUAACGUAUCAAAUUAGAGAAACAAGAGGAGGAUACAAAGCUGGUGCACUUAAAGAAGGAUUAAAGCAUAAUUAUGUUAAAGAUUGCGAAUACGUCGUAAUUUUCGAUGCCGAUUUUCGACCCGAACCGGAUUUUCUCCGUAGGUCGAUUCCGUUCCUUAUCCAUAACCCGGAAAUAGCUCUUGUUCAGGGUCGAUGGAGAUUCGUGAAUUCAAAUGAGUGUUUAUUGACAAGAAUGCAAGAGAUGUCACUAGAUUAUCAUUUUACAGUGGAGCAAGAAGUUGGCUCAUCUACUCAUGCAUUCUUUGGUUUUAAUGGGACUGGUGGGAUAUGGAGAAUAGCAGCCAUUGAUGAAGCUGGUGGAUGGAAAGAUAGAACAACUGUUGAAGAUAUGGAUCUUGCUGUUAGAGCUAGUCUUAAAGGAUGGAAGUUUGUUUAUCUUGGUGACCUCCAGGUGAAAAGUGAACUUCCAAGUACCUUCAAAGCGUUCCGUUUUCAGCAGCAUCGAUGGUCGUGUGGCCCCGCGAAUUUGUUCAGGAAAAUGGUGAUGGAAAUUAUCAGGAACAAGAGAGUGAAUUUUUGGAAGAAGUUUUACGUGAUCUACAGCUUCUUCUUCGUCAGGAAGAUCAUAGCUCACAUGGUUACGUUUUUCUUCUUUUGCGUCGUUCUCCCAUUGACACUUUUGGUUCCUGAAGUUGAAGUUCCAAUAUGGGCUGCCAUUUACAUUCCUUGCAUCAUCACUACUCUCAACUCUGUCGGAACGCCAAGGUCAAUUCAUUUACUGUUCUAUUGGAUUCUCUUCGAGAACGUUAUGGCUUACCACCGAACAAAGGCUACAUUCAUUGGCUUGCUCGAAGCAAAGAGGGCUAACGAAUGGGUUGUCACUGAGAAACUAGGUGAUGCUCUCAAGAACAAGGACAAGUCAAAACCUGUCAAGAAAGCUCGAGGACCUCUAUUCGGAGACAGAAUUCUUCCACAAGAACUGGGAUUUGCAGCAUUCCUUUUCUUCUGUGGUUUAUAUGAUGUCCUUUAUGGUAAACGUCAGUACUUCGUCUACGUGUUUCUCCAAGUCAUAACGUUUACCAUUGCUGGAUUUGGCUACAUUGGAACGAUAGUCCCCUCUUAGCAACACCAACACCAGCACCAGCACCAGCAACAACAACAUUGUUUAUUUCGUCGUCUACACAGAAAUAUAAGUUAUAUGCAGAACAUUGAACCAGAAAAAAAAAAUAGUAGAUGGAUUAGGAAAUAGAUAGUUUUUCAUAUUUUUCUCUUUUGUUAGAGUGCUGUUUUUAGCUGUGUGAAAUUAUAUUUUGAUUGAACUUGUAAGUUAUUUUUUUUGGUAUUGUUGCAUCUCUUCAGAUUUCUAGAAAAAUGGCAAACAAUGGCCAAAUUCUGUAAUCAGUUUUUUUUUCUUUUUUGGCAUUCUUUUACUUUGGUCAUGGAUGUAUUAUUAUCAAGACUCUUUAAUAUAUAGAGGUACAAGUGAUUCAAUAAA